GGAGACUGAAAACAUACAACUAAAAUCGUACUUACUUCCAGCAACUGUGGCGUACAAGGCACUUCCAGAGAUUCCCAAAGUUCUAGAAUGGUGGAGAUGUCCGCAUACCUGUAAAAGAAAGAAAAGAAUAUCUCAGAAGGGGUCAUGAUAAACGAAGUGGAACUCUUGGAAGAGCUUCCUUACUAUCGGACGCUACAGAAACCACCACACCACCAUUCCCAACACCAUGGCCCUACACUGUCAUCAGCACCUCACUACCCAACAGCCCCCAGAGGACUACGUCUUGACCCUAGCUACGACGAGACAGCCAUUGCCAUCAUCGCCCCAGACAUCAGAGUACCACAGAACAAUCCUCUGUCCAUCUCAACACUUGAGUAUUGCGAACAAUAUUCCCCUCUCGGUUGUCUGGACAUCCUUUUGUCCAUCGUGGGAUAUGUCGGAGACCUGGGUUCGGAUUUGGUAGUUUGUUAUGUCCUACUGGCCGAGAAGCGAGUGCUUUGGGCAGCCCUGACGGCCACUUUCGUCCUUCUUUCUGUUAUAGUAGUCAAUGUCCUCAGUAUUUACUGGUACAUACGAAAUCAAAGAAACUCUGCCUCCAUCUACACAUCAGUCAGCAAGACCACGUGGGUCAUCCGCGCUCUCUUCCACGUUUUCUGCAUUGGUCUUCUGUACAGAUAUAUCCACAUGCUGUGCAAGUGCCUCUGCAAAGAACGACUAGAGGAUAGAGAACACAGAAGUGUGAUGGAAGCGCGGAAGAGGAAAAAUGCAAUACUUCAAAUGACUAUAAAAGAUGACAAACAGACAGCCACCCUCUGUCUUUUGCAUAGUUUUUUAGAAUCAGCUCCACAACUAAUACUUCAGCUAUAUACGCUGGCCCAGAGAACAGAUGAAGAUAAGCAAGUCAUAAUUUUUAUACAAGGUGCCUGUGCUGCUUCAUCCCUUUUCCAACUAGCUUUGUCCAUCACAUCAUACAACAGCACACUCCAUCGCACCAUGAUGGGUAAGAAGAAGCCCAACAGCAUCGGCAAGUUGCUUCAGUUCCUCUGGCAUUUCUGCACUAUAGGGUCUAGAGCUUGCACCCUCGCCCUCUUCACCAAGGAAUACCACUUCUGGCUCUUUCCAUUCUGCAUUGGACACUGGGGCAUCAUGACCAUCUGGGUGAUGCACCAACAAACCCGUUUCUGCAGAAAAAACGGAGAGCUCCACCAGUGCAAGGAAUACAUGUGCAACAUGGUCAUUGGAGUUGCCUAUGUGAUAUACUACUUAAAUGUCAAAGCAGAGCCCACUCGUUAUAAAUACUCAGCGUAUUAUGCAAUAGUUUUUGCUGAGAACUGUACCCUUAUGACUCUAUGGUUUCUAAGAAAUGAUCCUGGCGUUUGGUACCACAUACCAGCCCUUGUAGCAGUAUUUUCUAGUUUUGCAAGUGGAAUUGUUUUUAUGUUGUUUUAUUAUGGGUUCUGUCACCGAACGUUAAAACAGACAAAUGAAAAACGGGCAGCCCAUUGUUGUUGAAGUUUGCAGUAUUGUUCUUCUUUUAUACUCCGACAGCGUCGGGUUUAAAGAUGACGCUCUGAAGUUGUAAUCUGCUUAGUUUGUUAAUAAAUUUUCAUAAUUAGAUGAGAUUUAAACAGAA